AUGUCAGUAUGGGAAACGAACUUGAAGAAACUGGAGCUUAAGCGAAUCAUUCGUGAACCGCACAACGAAGAUAUUCGCGCACUCGAGCGCAACACAGUGCAAGCAACUGCACACAACUUAAUCGCCUCUCUUUCUUCCGAGUAUUGCUUUGUUUAUGAUAACGAGCACCUGGGUCCGAACUUGGACUUGUGUGUUGCCUUUCGGUCUUCGGAUGGAGACGAGUUCACCUGUUGCUGUUUCGUACUGCCGGUCACGACGAGGGAGCAGCGCUCCUGGCUAGAGCGAUGGGUGCCAGCAAGUGAACGAGGCAAAGCAACCCUGGAGACGCUGGUCGUCAUCGGCUGCCGUUCUGGUCGGCUGCGGGUUCUCAGCAUCGCGGAAGCCUCGGAAAUCCUCAUCAUAUCGCAUGAAGCUGGAAAACCGCUCUCCGCAGCAGAGGCCUGUACCGCAGUCGAUCUGCAUGCGGUUGCUGAUGCACUCGGCAUUCGCGCGGUGGGCGCCCACCCCAGCCGCGAGGGUGUCUUCGCAUCUGCCUCAGGGAAUGGGGUUUGUGUAUGGCAGCUUCUGGGCGGUCAUCGUCAUGUGCAGCUCAUCGGGCGAGUCCAUCUGGAACGGCCGACAGCGCUCGCGCUCUCUCCGGAGGAUGCGCUUUUCGUAGCGCGUACGAAGCCGUCCGAAAUCCGAGUGUGGCAACUCAGAUUUGAGGAGAGCACUUGGACGGGGCCGGCCGAGGCACCCGGUGCGGAAAGCAAAGUGUUGCAGGGUCGACUGGCUGAACUCGACGGUGGUCGCCUCCUUGCAGCAGUUGCGAGUACUGUCGAAGUCGUGCGCUGUGGCCCGCGCGGUCUCGUCGUGAAAACAUCUGAUUCGUUACGCUACCUUGAUUAUGAGAAGGGUACAGAUAUCUGGAAUCAGUCCGGGCGGGGCGAGAGGGUCAUUGGACUGCGCGGCAGCGGAGGAGGAUGCGGCGCUAUCGAUGUCGCGCUCGAUGAGGACCACAUCGGGACUGCCGUUGAUCCCGGCCUGGUAUGCGUUGCAACGGAUGCCGGUGUAAUCCACGUGUACCGUCUGGAAGACGCUCUUAGGGUGGCAUCUGUUGUGGUUCCUCGCUUACGUCAUCAGAUGGGGAGCUGUGUGUUCGGCUCCAGAGGGGAAUCCCUGAUCGCUGCGCAUGCUCAAUUAAUUUACCGUUUGCAGGCCGUCUCGGACGACGCUCCCGCCAGCGAAAUGAAUCGUUAG